GAUGCAUUGCUUGCUGACCUGGAAUCUACCACAUCUCAUAUUUCCAAGCGGCCUGUCUUCUUAUCUGAGGAGACCCCAUAUUCCUAUCCCAGUGGGUGUCAUACCUACCAAGAAAUUUCUGUUCCAGCUGCACCCACGAGCGAGUCCCUCAAUGGCACAGUUCAUGCAGACCCUUUGGAUUCCUGGACCAGCAGCUCCAAUAAAUAUUCACAUCAGCAGAAAUCCCCUUCACAAUUCUUCAACGCUGAAGGAGAGUGUUAUCUCCCCUUCUGCUGGAGAAGAGGAGCAUGUGUACAGCUUUCCUAAUAAGCAGCGAUCUGCAGAACCAUCUCCCACUAUCAUAAGCACGUCUCUGGGCAGCAAUCUGUCAGAGCUGGAUCGUCUACUCCUGGAAUUAAAUGCCGUGCAGCAAGGACCUCCAAGUAGUAUAUCAUCAGAUGACCUGAACAGAAACAUCUCUCAGCCCUUGGCUCCUCCUGUCACCAGUGUGUCUGGUAACUCUGCUAUUAAGAUUGGGCAAGCCUCAAAGGAAAAGCCUAAACGAAAUGGAGCACGGGGAAUAGAGGAUGUCCGUCCAAGUGUGGAAAGCCUUCUAGAUGAACUUGAAAGCUCUGUACCUAGUCCAGUCCCAUCAAUUACUGUGAGUCAAGGAGAGAUAAGCAAUCCUCAGAGGGUCAGUCCCAACGAGCAGCAAACUCGAAUCUCUGCCUCUUCUGCAACACGUGAACUGGAUGAACUCAUGGCAUCACUUUCUGAUUUUAAGACAUGUCAUGCUGUUUCUGAGCCCAUUUCUGAACUUUGUAGUAGUCUUCCACCAACUUCAUUGCACACAAAUCCAGAGAGUGGGUGUGAGGCUCUCAUACUCAGCAGUCCCAAUGUUCUCCUGCACAUUGAGGAGGAGGAAGGCUCUGUUUCAUCGCCCUCUUCCAGGAAAGUAUCUACCCUACAAAGUCGUGGUUUAGAGAUGGAUGAUGCCAGCAAGGAUCAGCCAGUGUUUAACCCUUUCAGUGCAUACAGUCUGAGAACAGACAUUUAUCUUCCAAGCUUUUUCAAAAAGCCUCAAGUCAAGAAGGAGGUUGAUUUUGUUUAUCAAGAAUAUACAAAAUCAACGAAUGUCGCUCAGCCUGAUGGAGUUACUGAUCCCCUUAAUGGAACAGACAGGUCUGAGGUUAUAGGAUCACAUGAAGAAGUAACUGUUGAUGGAGAAACAGAUUUAUCACAACUACCAUACCCACAAAUGUCAACCCUUGAAAAAACUGAAGACCCAGUGAGGGGUGCAGGUAUUGAACUAGGGACCGACUACACUUUUACGCGGUAUUUUGGUGAUCAGGGUGAUAGCAUUGUCCCAAUGGACUUCUUCAGCAGCAUACAACAUUUGGAUUUCAGUCUGAAAUUGAAUCCCUGGAGCCUUCUUGGGCUGAGGAAUCUUCCCAAGUUACACUUCCAGAGACUUCAGCACGGGAACGAAUCUCAGCCUCACGUCAGAUAAAGUCUGUGAUCAAAAGGACAAAAGAAUCUCCUAAUGUGCAUCCAAUGUCCCGGGACCUUUCUCCUCGGAGAAAAUUUGGACCAGCUAUAUAUAUAACAAGAGUCCUUCGCAAGACCGACUGAUUGAAGAACUGCAUGGGCGAUUUGGCAUAGACAAGCAGGAAACUUUCAAGAGCCCAGAAGAUAAUUGGCUGACAGAGGGAGUAAUUAUUACAUCUCAGCCUGCUAAAAAUUUGCGAACAUCAGAACAAAGGGUUGAGAAGAUAAUCAUACCCCCGGAUUCUCCACAGCUAAUGAGAAAAACAUUGUCUGUCACUACUUCUCCACCUGGCACACUGCAGAUGACUAGACUUGUGUCUAAAUCUACAUCACCAGCUCAACCUCCUCCACCUCCUUCUACUCCAACUCUUUCUUCCACUGCUACCGUCACUUCAUUACCCUCCCCUUUUCUUCCUCCUCCUGCACCUCCUUUACCCUCCACUCUCCCUCCUUUGCAUCCUCCUGCAUUGACUACACUACCUCCUCAGCCACCACCUUCUUGGAAAAGAUAUAGUGAUGAUUAUCAAGAUUUGUCUAGAGUAGUACCCCUGCUGGAAGUACCUCGAAUUCCCUGUCUGGAAGAGCCUCCUACCCCAUGGGCCUUCACCUCUGCUCCCCCAAGGACCCUGCCUGCUCCUAAGUCCUACAUUUCUGUUGCCUGCCAGACGGAUGAUCAUCCACUCUUUCCACCUAUUCAGGCAGGAAUUUGUUAA